AUUUUGAGACGCAGCCUGGCAAUUUGAACACGAGACUCAUGGUCGAGCAGAGAACUUCCUACAACUAUUUCACCUUUUGUUCCUGAAAUCACACCUUUCUGUCUCGACCUGUCAGCAUGUCUAGCACGUUGGACUCUACCAUAGCGACUUUGAGAAAGGACCUCGCCUCUGAAGAUGUCGCCCUUGCCCGCCGAUUUCGAGCACUUUUCUCCCUCAAACAUCUAGCCUCUCAAACUCCGGGCCCUAACGCUACGGCGGCCAUUCAGGCUAUCGCAGCAGGGUUCGCUUCUCCCUCUGCCCUACUAAAACACGAGCUGGCCUAUUGUCUUGGUCAAACAAAAAAUCCGGUGGCGGUACCAUUUCUGAGGGAGGUAUUGGAGAACAAGCAGGAGGACGCCAUGUGCAGACACGAAGCCGCCGAAGCCUUGGGUGCCCUCGCAGAUCAGAGCAGUCUACAAUUAAUGAUAGAGAUGAAAGAUGACGAGGAAGAGCCCGUGGUGGUCAGAGAAACAUGCGAAAUUGCCAUUGAUCGAAUCCGAUGGGCUCAAUCAGACGCCCAACGAACAGAGAACCUCCGACCUUCUGAUUUCGCGUCGAUAGACCCUGCUCCUCCAAUGGCAUUGACGUCCGAAACUCCCUCCAUACCUCAUCUACAGAAAACUCUUCUCGAUACCUCGCUACCUCUCUUCCAAAGAUAUCGCGCCAUGUUCACCCUGCGAGAUCUUGCGUCUCCCCCGGACAUUCCAACCGCAGUACCUGCAGUGGAUGCACUUGCAAGCGGAUUCACAGAUCCCUCGGCGCUAUUUCGACACGAGGUCGCCUUUGUGUUUGGUCAAUUGACCCAUCCUGCAUCUAUCCCUGCGUUGUCUCGGGUACUGGAGAACCGCGCGGAGGAAAGCAUGGUCCGACAUGAGGCUGCAGAAGCUUUAGGAAGCUUAGGUGAGGAGCCAGGCGUGGAAGAUCUGUUGCGACGGUUCCUUGAUGACCCUGAACAAGUGGUGCGCGAGAGUGUGAUUGUUGCGCUCGACAUGGCGGAAUAUGAAAAGAAUGGCGAGAUGGAGUAUGCCACUAUUCCUGAGCCCAUCGCUGCUUGACAAGGUAUGAAGCGAUACCUGUCAUGGUUUAAAAGGAUAGUCUCAAAAUUCCAUCAUUUAGCGUGGCAACUGGAGUUUGAUAACCAUGGGCGAAUAAAAUGCAUCAGUUGUUCUGCGUUUCUUUGUAGCCACAUUCGCAUCUAUAGAAGACUGUGGUACCUUCAUCUGCACUUCGUAAUUGCUUGGUGUGAUAAAACAUCUCGGUUCGACCACAG